AUGAACGCUAGCACUACGCAACGAGCCCCAAAGACCCCCAAACCAACCGCCUCCGUGCCAAUUGUCCAAAAUAAACGCUGGCCCCCAAUGGCAAACCGGAACGCCCUCCCCUACAAGCUCACACACCUCUCAAAAGAGAAACUGGCGCGUGAAGCCACUGCUCCCGACCCCGACCUCCGCCGCUGUGUGGCUCACUUCCGCCUCCACUGCGGUUCUGUCUCAUGGACCGAAAAUGAUAUGAAGUCUCGCAUCAGCUCCUUCGACUUCGAGGACACCGACGAGGAAGAUGAGAUGGACGAGAUGAAGAACACCGAACUGCCUGGCCUCAGAAGAAACACAGCACCAGCCAACGAGGCUCCCAUUGAAGUCACCCAAAUAUCCUGCAAACCAGAACCAGAGCCCGCCGCUGUUGCAGCGCCCGCGGCGCCCCCGGCACCAACACCGUCCCCUGAGAAUUCAUCCGAGCAUGGUUUUUUGGAAAAGGGUCGGAAUUGUCUCGAGGCGACCUCUAAACACCUCUGGACAGGAGGUACUUGCAUAGUUUCUCCCAUGGCGGGUUGA